AUGACAUCUCUGAUGCCGACAGAGGCUCGCGUGGGUCGCGAUGGACGGAUGGCCUCAGCAGCAUCCUCAACAUGGCUCACAACGCUUGGAUUCAAGCGGCAAGUCACUUGGCGCAACCUGACCGCCUUCCUCGUACACUGCUCGGCAUCGAUCCUCUUUCUCGUCUUUCUCAACGCCUCGCAGCCCUUUCUGAUCCAUCAGCUCGAGUCGAACGCGAAACACGGCAAGGACCUGCCGAGCAGAGCAGGCUCACUCAGCGGCUCUCUCAUCUUCUACGAUGAGCUACUCUCGACCUUUGUCUCGCUAAUAUGGGGCGCGCUCGCUGAGAUUGUUGGCCUAGCUGCCGUCACUUCGACAUCCUACUCGUUCAUCGCCAUUGGUCUGGUAUCUUAUACGAUUCCAAGAAAGCCAUGGCCGGAUCUGAUACCAGCUCGUCUCAUCUUUGCUAUCGGCGGCAGCGGUGCUACAGCAAUGCUAUCAGGGAUCAUUUCGGAGUUCUCCGGCUCGCAGGGAGGUGGCUCCGCCAUCAUGGUGACGAAUGCUUCUCUGCAGUCGUCUGGCAAUAUGGAUUCGGAAACGACGUCUCACGGCACUUUGCCGCCUCCGACACGCCAGGCCGAUGCCAACGGUGAUGCCGAAGAAGUAGAUCGCCUGCUCCCUUCAGGACAUUCAGGGGCCAAGCUGGCUAGCCGUGUUGGUAGGAAGGACUUGCAGAGGCAACGGCAUGGUCGUGUGGCUGCUGUUGCUGGUGUCUUCACAGGUCUCGGAGCGCUAAUAGCUGUGUUUGUUCUGGUUCGCUUGCCACAAAAGCUUGCCGACUACCUCGAGGACUACGAUCCAUCCACCACCUCUACACCAACGCAUGAACACAAGGAUGUACCUCCGACCGACCUGGAUCUUGGAAGGGCAACGGUAGCGACUUUCUUGCUGGUAGCAGCCUUAGCGCUCCUGGUCGCUGCCACCACAGCGCUCGGUCUCAAGCAGGCCCAACCCACAAGGCAGCGUCUGGGAGCAGCGGAUGCACUAGAACGACGCAAUCAGCAACGUCAAGAAGACUACGGCGCUUUGCGUGACAGCACGAUCGGUUUGGCAGAUGACAGGCGACAAGCACGCCGCGCUCGAUUGCGAUACAGGCUUGAGCAUCAAUCACAGGCAAACUGGACCAAGGUGAUCCGUGAUCAUGUGCUUCGGUUCAUGAUCGCUUCUAUCGGAGGCUUCCGGAUGGUAGCACGCGUGCGUAGCGGUGGAGCAGCGUCGGAAGAUACGAGAUGGUUGAAGAGACGUCAUCGUCUUGCCUUGGAACUGAGGAUGGCUUAUCUCGGCGGCGCCUUGGCUCGAGCUUUCACAAUUGGAACGACCGCCUUCUUGCCUUUGCUCGUCACACAUCACUACUACACAUCGGGACUUUGCCGAGAGCUGCCAUCACCCAAGCCUGAGGCACCUCUGCCCAAGGACGAACUGAAGAAGCUGUGUAGAAGUGCUUUUACAGCAACGGCUAUCUUGGGAGGCACAGCUCAACUUACUGCCUUGCUGGCAUCACCUCUGAUUGGUCUGUUGUGCGACAGGCUAUCUCCAACGACAACCAUCUCAUUCACCUCAGCACUUGGUGCAGUGGGCUUCUACUUGCUUGGCGUCGGCACAUCUGGCUUGAAGGGUGACAAGACGACAGGGGCACGAGUCGCUGAUCCUCUGACCAGGCUGUCAAUCGCUGCUGCUGUUCUUGUUGGCUUGGGGCAGAUCGGUGCGAUUGUCUCGAGUCUGGCUGGAUGUGCUAGAGCCAGAGGACUGUUAGCUAAAGAAGAAGGGGAAGAGGAGGCAGUCGUGCAGCCACAGAAUGGAAAUCAGGGUGGAGACGCGAGCAGUGCUUCAGCUUCUGAGACUGUCGUCUCGCGCAGACAGCAGCGGACUGGAUCAGAGGCAAAAGAUCUGGCAGAAGAAGCAGGUCGAGGAGGCGGUGCAAUUGCUGGAGCAUACACUUGCACAGGCUCCUUGUCGAUCUUGAUCAUCUCGAAGCUCGGAGGGCUUCUAUUCGAUAUCUACGUUCCAAGCCCCUUUCUUCUGAUUGGCGGCUUUUCUGCCUUUGUCUCGCUUUGUGGGCUGGCUGUUAUGGCUACAAAGCGGUUUAAGGCGAUGUAG